AUGGAUACGCCAAUGGAUGGGUUCAAGACUGUGGUCCAAGGCUUGGGGACCACAACCUACGACUAUUACUUGGCACUGCCAUGUGAAAAAGUCAGGAUCAAAGAUCUAGGGGCCAAGUUCCUGCCUCCACUCUAUUCCCUGGUGUUCAUCGUUGGCCUCUUGGGCAACAUCAUGGUGGUGGUGAUCCUCACGAAAUACAAGAGGCUCAGAAUUAUGACCAACAUCUACCUGUUCAACUUGGCGAUUUCGGACUUGCUCUUUCUCUUCACUCUUCCAUUCUGGAUUCACUACGUUAGGUGGAAUGAGUGGGUGUUUGACAGCCACAUGUGCAAGCUCCUCUCGGGACUGUAUGCCCUGGGCAUGUACAGCGAGAUCUUCUUCAUCAUCCUGCUGACGAUGGACAGGUACCUGGCCAUCGUCCACGCCGUGUUUGCCCUUCGAGCCCGGACAGUCACCUUUGGCAUUAUCACCAGCAUCAUCACCUGGGCCCUUGCAGGGCUGGCGGCCCUCCCCGAGUUUAUCUUCCAUGAGUUCCAAAGGGAGCCCGAGGAGGCUGUGUGCAGCCCCGUGUACCCAGAGGAUGAGGAAGACGGCUGGAAGCGUUUCCACGCCCUGAGGAUGAAUAUCCUGGGCCUCGCUCUGCCUCUGCUCAUCAUGACCAUCUGCUACUCCGGAAUCAUUAAAACGCUGCUCAGGUGCCCCAACAAAACAAAGUACAAGGCCAUCCGGCUCAUUUUUGUCAUCAUGGUGGUCUUUUUCAUUUUCUGGGCACCCUACAACCUGGUUCUUUUUCUUUCUGCUUUUCAAGCGAUCUUCCUGGAGAGCAGCUGUGAGAGCAGCAAGCAGUUGGAUCUGGCCAGGCAGGUGACAGAGGUGAUCACCCACACCCACUGCUGUGUCAACCCCAUCAUCUAUGCCUUCGUAGGCGAGAAAUUCCAGAAGUACCUGCACCACUUUUUCCACCGGCACGUGGCCAUCUACCUGGGCAAAUACAUCCCGUUCCUUCCUAGCGAGAAACUGGAAAGAGCCAGUUCCAUCUCCCCGUCCUCAGGGGACCCAGAGCUCUCUGUGGUGUUUUAG